AUGGAGAUUUCCACUGCCUUGCUGAACCCAAGAGGAAACACUGGCUCUAACGCACUCCGAAGAGGUUACUUGCGCAUGAAGAACUCGGAUGCAGUGGCCACCAUUAUCAAUAGCCGCUUCUCAGAUGCCUCCAUUCCCAAGACCUCAGCGCAGUGCCGCCACAAGAUGGAGAAGCUCCGCCAGCGCUAUCGCGCUAAGAAGCAACGAUCUCUUUCCUAUCCAUACCCAGCCAGUCGUUUCAUCUUCUCCUGGUUCUUCUUCGACUAUAUGGAUGCCAUGGAGAACAAAACAAACCUUCCCUCGGUUGAAACUGUAUCGGGUGAUAAUUUCAAUAAUACUGCCCUACUGAAAUCAUUUCUCGAUCAGAGCAUAUUGAAACUGAAGCUCAAAUCGAAGAACAGUGUCAAUUCUAGCCCCAUUUUGGUAGCAAAAAAUUUCGAACAUACUUCAUACUUGGACACGGAAGACAAUAAAGCGGAGCAUGAUCAUACCAGUUUCGGAGCUAAAUUUUGUUCUGAAAAGAUAAUGGGAGGAUUUUCAAUGCCUCCUGUGAAGUUUAAAGCAAAGAAUUCCAAUAUCAGCGAUGGGUUUCUUAUGAAACCUUCUAGAAAUGAAGAUGUGAUCCCCCCAGGAUUAAGAACCAAGAAGUUGGACGGAAGAAUGAAUUUUGAUUUUAACAAUGGAGAUGAAGAAUACUACGGUUUGAGAGGUAGUGUGAAAGCCAUGAAGAGGGGGAGGUAUCCGGUGGAGGAAAUGGUGGAAUCCAUGAAGUCAUUGGCAGAAAGAUUGGUGACAAUGGAGAAAGCCAAGGUGGAAAUGGCUAGAGAAAUGGAAAUGGAGUUGAACCGCAAUGAGAUGAUACUGGACUCAUAA